GCCAGUACGCGGUCCUACCUGCUGAAGAAGAGGUCAGUGAGCUGCGCCAAGUUGGGAAGGGACUUACCAGGGAUAUCCUGUUUUCUACUCCGCUGUGGCAGGUGUCAAUGAGCUGUCAAAUGUGUCCAUCACAAAACAUGCUUCCGAGAAACGAAAAAGAAAGCUCCGAAAAAAAAGACAAAGCCCAUCGAGACACCCGACCACCAUUCAUUGUUUGCAGACACUAUGAAUCAAAGAAGAUCAAAGACACAUCUACGACGCGGACAAAGCCGCUUUCAUCCAUCAACAAUCCAAGACCUCCGGCUUUGAUAGAUACCUCAACAGGUAAGCUCAACUCGGACGACUAUUCCGCAGCAUGCACGAAAGUCGCAACAUGCAAGAAACAUAGUCGCAACAUGCACAAAGUCAUACUUGCAUACCAGGUACUGUGACAACAAGAAAUCACAAA